UCACGAUACAUCAGUAGAAAUAUAUAGUGCAGAUUUUAUUUUUAUACGACAGUAAUUUUAGAAAACUCAGGCGGACAAAUAAAUCGGUAGCUUCAAGAAAAUGACAACAAUUGCAAGACUCUCACAAACAAAUAUCGUGCAAGCUACGAGAAAGCAUACAGCUACUGUAUUUUUCUUCCAUGGUUCCGGUGGCACAGCAGAAGAUAUCAAAGAAUGGAUUGAUAUUCUUAAUAGAGAAAAAUUGCAGUUUCCACACAUAAAGUUAAUUUAUCCUAGCGCACCCAGUCAACCUUAUACACCAAAUGGCGGAAUGAUACAAAAUGUGUGGUUUGAUCGCAUGGCAAUAUCUAAUCAAGUACCUGAACAUAUAGAAUCAAUUGAUUCUAUGUGUCAGAAUAUAUCAGACUUGAUUGAUAGAGAAGUAACCAAUGGAAUUCCAUUUAACAGAAUAAUUCUAGGUGGUUUUUCAAUGGGUGGUUGCCUUGCAUUGCAUUUAGCAUACAGAUAUAAAACAUCUAUAGCUGGUUGCUUUGCUAUGUCUGCCUUUCUAAACAAAGGAUCUAUAAUCUAUGAGUAUUUAAAAGCAAGGCCAGAACAUAAUAAGGUACCACUUGUUCAAUAUCAUGGUACGAUAGAUACUUUGGUUCCUAUUGAAUGGGGUGAAGAGAGUGCUAAGAAUCUGAAAGAACUUGGCGUGAAUGUAAAAUUUAUACCGCUGCAAAAUAUUAACCAUGAAUUGAGUCGUUCAGAGAUUCAAAAUUGGAAAGAUUGGCUCCUCAAUAUCUUACCAGAUAAAUAAUAUAUCGAAUCAAUCCUUGGAUACUCUUCCUUGAAUUCUGAAAUAGUCGAGGUGCUCUUAAAUGUCUGAACAUUAAUCAUCGAGCUUCGGAAUAUAUGUAUAUGUAUAUAUAUAAUAUUACAGCCUGACGACAGAGAACAAGUAGAUCUGCUGUAAAUGUGUUAUGAUAUCGCAGAUUAACAGUUUGGAGAUUUCUAAAAUCUGGAUCUUGGAUCGCUUAGCCCUCGAUAUCGUGGAAAAAAGUAGGUCUGCAUUAACGUCGCAAGAUGAUUGCAGUCACCCUGACCUUUUCACUUCCUCUCUCUCUUUUUGCUGUUCUUAUAUCUUAGAAUUUGGCACUCGCAAUAUCGCUUUUUGUAUUUGAACUAAAAAUUGCUUGUGAGUUAUGGUUUUUGUAAAACGAUACUUAUAAAACUACAAAUAUAAAAUUUAAAUGUCUUUAAAUUAAUAAGAACAUGCAUAUAUUUCGAUUUAAAUUUUAAUGCUAAUAAAAUUUAAUUUUUUAUAAGAAAAGAGAAC